AUGGAACGCGUGAAGUCGCUCCUGUCUCACCUCCCCCCUGUUCAGAUCCCGGAAUCAGACGGUAAAACGCUUGAGACCUUCCAUCCCUUUCCCAAACUUCCAAUUGAGCUACGCGACGUGAUAUGGACCUACGCUUCCCUCCAGCCGCGCUACAUUCCCCUCUUCUACUCCAGAAAUCCCACCGACAACACCAUCAAGAAGCGUUCCGCAAAUGAUUAUCUAGGGCGAUUGCCACAUCCUGCAGUUCUUCAAGCCUGCAAGGAAUCCCGAGCUGUGGGCAAGAAGUACUACAGCAUGAUUCUCGAACAAGGUCAAGAAUGCAAAAGCGAUUGCCCAAGAUGUCGAUACGAAUCGUCGGACUAUGCUUCCAUGUUUGGAUACACGAAAGAUUCGAAGCAUGAUCGCAUACAACAAGAAGAGCGAAAUGCACACUGGGUUAACUUCGAGUUGGAUUCGUUUUUGUUGUCUUAUGGAACCAGGGAUGGGAUGGUCGAUGGAAUUGCUCCCUGGCCGGAUUCUGUAGAUUUCGUUUUCAAUGCCGACGACCUGGCGCGGAUCCAAAUUCUCCACUACAUGGUUGCGACGAGAGCGUGUCCUUACAGCAGUCUCGCUUGGUGCUUCAGGGAGAACACUGCGCUGAAGGGGUUGAAGAAAGUCAGUUUCCAAUUUUUGGAAGGAUACAAGUACGGACUUGUAGAUCCGAGAGGAGGCUUUCUGAACGAUCUUUGGAGGAAAGAGGAAGCAGCACAAUAUUGCAGACGUUUACGAGCAAAACUUGAAGACUUAGGUUCAAAGAACAGUCUGCAAUUGACCAUUCUCACUCGGGGGGCUGAUUGGAAUUAAGCUGAGGAGGAUAUCAGGUUGCUGUUGUGCAGAGAGAAACUGCCGUUGGUUCAGGACACGAAGUGAGAUGGAUGUCGCUCAAGCUGAGAAGGUGUUAUUGAAGCUGCCUGUAAAACUUGCAUUUUCUUUUCACGGCUUGCAGCUAAUUCGGCGGGAUCUAUCCUAGGGCUUGUUACUUUCAAGAUUAGGACUUGAUCUCUCUUCUUAUCUUGAGGGCUAAACCUCCCCCAGAAAAGAGUUCCCUACACAAUUCUGCAAAGUAGGCCCGA